UGCAUUGAGCAUUUAAUACAGUAAUCCCAUUUUCCUCGGAAACCCAGAAGUCAAUUCCCUUUUUACUUCUUCUCUGUAUAUAUAUGUGUACAUCUCUUUUUCUUCUAUGUUUUUGUAUGAUAAUUCCGUUUCUAAGAACAAAGUGAAAUCAAGCAAAGCGAACGAAAAUGUCAGGAGGCAUAGCACGAGGACGCCUUGCGGAGGAGCGCAAAGCAUGGCGCAAGAAUCACCCCCAUGGUUUUGUGGCAAAACCUGAAACAAGUCCAGAUGGGUCGGUUAAUCUCAUGGUGUGGCAUUGCAUCAUCCCUGGUAAAGCGAAUACCGAGUGGGAGGGUGGCUUCUAUCCUCUUACGAUGCAUUUCAGUGAAGAUUACCCUAGCAAGCCUCCCAAGUGCAAGUUCCCCCAGAAUUUCUUCCACCCUAAUGUAUACCCUUCUGGAACGGUUUGUCUGUCUAUCCUGAAUGAAGACAGUGGUUGGAGACCAGCCAUCACCGUGAAGCAGAUCCUCAUUGGCAUUCAAGAUCUGCUGGACCAGCCGAACCCAAAUGAUCCAGCGCAGACAGAUGGCUAUCAGCUUUACAUGCAGGAACGUGAUGAGUACUGGAGACGGGUGCGCCAACAGGCCAAGCAAUAUCCAGCUCCUGUCUAGUACUAGGUUUCCUUCGCUGGGUACUUGUUAGAACUAAGGUGAAUUAUGCAUAAAUACGGGGAGCAUUCUGAACACCACUACUCAGCAAUUGGAACCUAAGUCUAAUGCUUCUCGAAGUGUAUCUGGUGGACAUAUCUUUAUGUGGGUAGUCUGUGACUUCUGUGAUUAGUUUCAGUACUUAGUUAAGUUUUGUUAACUUAAUGGCGAAUUUCUGGUCGAUCUCAGUCGAAUUCUAAAGCAGUUUGUUACCCUCCUUUACAUUCUUGUAACUUGUUCAAAGUUGAUUCAAGUUUACUCAGUGGAUGCAGCA